GAAUAGAAGGAGUAGAAAAAAGGAGCGCCCUCUUGUGAUGAGAAAGAGAGCGAGCUAGUUAUUGUUUUACAAUAUUUCUGCAAAUAAUAAUAUUAAUGAUCCGCUGGCCAGCAUGCAAUGUGUAGCAAAGUUGUCGUUAUUCGAUAGGCCUACCAACUGAAGACUUUCUAACGGUCACAAGCAUUAUAGUAGCCCACAAACACUCAAGACAAAGAUGUCUGAAGAAAAUGAGGAGUAUUACCAGGUUGUGUGCAUCAAAGAAGAGGUCAUAGAAGAUGACUGGAGUGAAAAUGACACAACCAAUAUGCAGCUAACAGAAUCUGGAUAUGUAUCAUCAAAUCAAGAUGGCAACCUGAGUGUGGAGAGCACCAAUCAAAGCAUAGGGACACUCCAUCAAAAAGGCAUCGAGACAACCCAUGACAGUUCAAGAGAGACAGUGCUGAAGGGUGGUCAGAGAGACUCUUUUGAUGAUGGAAAUUGCAGUCUGGAGAGCACCGUUCGAAAUGCAAGAUUGCCCCAGCAACAUUUGGGAGAGAGAGGAUCAAAGGAUGAACAAGGACAGUUGAUUGACGGUAAAGUGAAUUGUACAGUGAUAGAUGGAAGGGUUACUCAAUUUCUUCCCAAAGCUGAGGUAGAAUCCUCACCUGAACCAUCUCUGAAAAAGAGUUGGUUGGAUGAACAAAGGGGUGCAGGAGGAGAUACAUUGGCUCCUGCAUAUUCUGAAGAUGAACUGCACAGAUUGAUGAGUUCAAAAGAAGAAGUGCAAUGCGAUGAGAUACCUUGUGACAUGCCAGCAAAUCAUCAUAAUGUUCAUUCUUUUCCAUCAGAUACUUCACAUCCUGUUUGUUCCAACAAUGUGAGUUCCUCUACAAAACAUAACCCCUUUCAGUGUUUGGAUUGUGACAAAUCGUUUUCGGAAAUGCAAAAACUCUCGCAACAUAUGAGAAUCCACACGGCAGAAAAGCCAUUUCCAUGUUCCUAUUGCAACAAAAGAUUUACAUUCAAGAGUCAACUUAUUGCCCACUUGAGAACCCACUCGGGGGAAAAGCCAAAUGUGUGUUCUAUAUGUAAUGCAGCAUUCUCCACUAAGAGCUCUCUAAAUAGACACAAUAUGAGCUCCCACGCUGGGCAAGAGCCAUAUGAGUGCUCAUAUUGCAAACAGAGAUUUACGUACAAGAGUCAACAUAUGGAACACAUGAAGAGCCACGGAGGAAAGCCACAUCGGUGUUCUAUAUGUGACAAAGCGUUCAGCAGAAUGAGCUCUCUUACAAGACAUACAAGGAUGCACACUGGAGAAAAGCCCUACAAGUGUUCUCAGUGCAACCACAGAUUCGCAGAGAAAAGAAAUCUUACAUAUCACAUGAGAAUCCAUACUGGAGAACGGCCGUUCCAAUGCUCGAUUUGUAACAAGAGAUAUUUAACCAAGGAAUCUUGCGAUAGACAUGUUAGGUCACACAAUGGAGAGCUGCCGCAUCACUGUUCUUUCUGUAAUAAAGCAUUCUCCUCAGUGGGCCAUCUUGAGGCACAUAUAAGAUCCCACACAGGUGAAAAGCCAUAUCCGUGCUCUUUGUGUAACAUGUCUUUCUCUAGAUUAAGCUCUCUCAAUAGACACAUGAAAACACACUCGGGAGAAAAGCCAUACCAUUGUUCAUUUUGUAACAAGGCUUUCUACUUAUCGAGCGUUCUCUCAAUACAUCUAAGAACGCACACGGGUGAAAAACCAUUUCAAUGUUCCUUUUGCGACUUAAGAUUUAUAUCACAAGAUUAUUGUACAAAACACACCAGAAUACACACUGGCGAAAAGCCUCACCAGUGUUCAUUAUGCACUAUGACAUUUUCCAGAGUGAGCUCUCUGACAAGACAUAUUGGAACACAUACAGGAGAAAAACCUUAUAGAUGUACUUUCUGUGUCAAAGCAUUCUCCUCGAGGAGAAACCUCUUGAAGCAUACAAGAAACCACACAGGUAAAAAGCCAUAUAAGUGUCCUGAUUGCAAUGAGAGAUUUGCAGAAGAAACAUCUCUUAGACUACACAUAACAACCCACACUAACAAGAAACCACACCUUUGCUCUUUAUGUAACAAGGCAUUUUCUAAAUUGAGCAAUCUAAAUAGACAUAUGAGGAACCAUACCGGUGAGAAGCCUUAUGGGUGUUCUCUCUGUGAUAAAUCCUUCUCCAUUAAGAGCCAUGUCUCGGCACAUAUGAAAACCCAUACAGGUGAAAAACCUUUUGAAUGUUCUGAGUGCCACAGAAGAUUUGCAAUGAAGACCAAUCUCACGCAGCACAUGAGAAACCACACUGGUGAUAAGCCGCAUCGUUGUUCCUUUUGUAACAUGGCCUUCUGCAGAGCAAAUUUUCUAGCAAGACACAUAAGAACGCAUACAGGAGAAAAGCCUUUCCAGUGCUCUUAUUGCAACAAAAGGUUUGCAGGAAAGAAAAAUCUUAAAGAUCAUGUGAAGACUCACACUGGCGAACCUCCAUAUCAAUGUUCUGUGUGUAACAAUUUAUUUCCUACAAUGGUUGAUCUCUCAAGACAUUCAGGAACCCAUAAAGGUGAAAAGCCGUAUGAGUGUCCUUAUUGUAACCAGAGAUAUGCAGAAAAGAGAAAUCUGACAGAACACAUGGGGACCCAUAUAGGAGCAAGUCCACAUCAUUGUCCGUUGUGUAAAUCAACUUUCACUAGAUUGAGCUCUCUGAAGAAACAUGUGAGAAAUCACCAUGGGAAGUGCCCCUUUCAGUGUGUCUUCUGCAACAAAACAUUUAACGAGAAGGAUGACCUGUUGGUGCAUGUAAAAAUCCACACUAAAAAGGACCUUUACCAUUGUUUACUUUGUAACAAACCAUGGCCAACAAUUAGGGGUCUUUCAUUUCAUAUUCAAUUAACCCACAAAGACAAAAGCCUUGCCAGUGUCAUUUCUGAAACAAAGCAUUCGCCACAAGGCAUCAGCUCGCAAGAAAUUCCCGAACCCACACAAGAAAACAUUAUUCCUGUUGCAUUGUUCAGCACAACUAAUCCAAAGGAUCAUUCCGUAAACCCAUGAUGACCUACCAAAGAACGACACCAAAUCGGUUUACCUUUGUUGCAUGGCAUUGCUCAAGACCAUGUGUGGAUCCACUCUAGAGGAAAAUGAGGAUCAGUAUACCAAAUGCAACCUAUCAUUUGCAGUAAGGGGCAGUCUUAUUCACUGUGGAGAUUGAGCCAAACCUCAAUAAUGUUUGGAUUGUAAUAAAUCUUUCCCCCACAAAGACUCUGUAGUCUAAGCGAGCUCUCUCAGAAAAGUCUUUGUGCACCAUUUCAGUAUUACUUUUGUUCCAAAGCAUUCUCGUCUUUCUAUGUAUAUGAGAAUCCACUCUUAAGAAAAUAGUUACUAUUAUUGUCAACGAUGUUUUAUGUUCAUUGGAUCUGAUCAGUAUCAAAUGGAAUCGUUGUGAUGUUGAUGUGCAAAAACAGCAAGCAAUAAAUGAUCAAUGAGUAUGUAUAUUAAUUUGUUUAUCGUAACAUGGAAUUGUACUGACACCCUUUAAAGAAAGUUUUUGUUGUUAAGAUCAGUAAAACAUAUUCUCUACAUACCGGUAGUAUUUCAAGACCUAUAAAGAAAACAAAUUGUACUAAAGCCACACCAUCGUUUACAAAGCAUGAUCAAGAAGGAUCUCAAUCAAUGCAUGAUAAGUUGGUAACUCACUAUGGCAAAAAGCCACAUGUGGAAUAUGACAUUUUCCAGAAAGAGUUCUCUCCCAAAUCAUAGUAUUCUAAGAGCUAAUAAUCAAAACCAGAUCAUGGGAUAUAUUUGUUCCUACUGUAACAAUAUGUUUUCCAUAAUGAGAUUUAGCAAUCUCUUUUCUCCUCAGAUGGAAAUUGCAGUCUGGAUAGCACCAAACUAAAAACGAGAUUGCUCCAUCAAAAUUUGGGAGAGAGAGAACUGAAGGAUGAACAGAGACAGUUAC